AUGCUUACGUGCGGGGGGCGUACUGUGCGAGUGUGCUGGGAGCGAGAGCUGCGAGAUUUGAGGGCCGGUGAUGGUGGGGGAGGUGUUGGCAGUGGCAGUGGGCGGGCGACGAGGUCUUUCAAAAAAAAUGGACAGAUUGGAAUGCUGCGUGGUGGAAAGACCGACCCCACCGAGCGCAACCGUGCCUCUCGAUAUUGCGUUACACGCUGGCUGGGGGCGUUUCGAAUGCAGCCGCCUGCUCCUAUGCGCGCGGGUUUCAGCGCGGAGAUUGAGCAGUGCAGACAAAGACAGCAGAGCAAGACGGCAGUAGAGCAGGCGAGUGGGCGUGAGGGCGAGAAUUCCACUCGCCGUCUGACACUGUUCCUUCGUCACGAACGCUCCCACCCUUCAGCCUCGACUCUAUUCUCGGUCUGUGGUGUCUGCUGGCUGUUCAUUGUGCCUCAGGGACCAAGAAGGUUCCUGGCUUCCACGCAAGCUGGGACGCUACCAAGUCUCUCGCUCCUGAUUCGAGCGCCUCAAUAUCCCGUUGUGACCGCUUUGGGACGUCAUGGCCGAUCUGCAUCUCCUACAAUAUUGCCGCUUUGGCCUCACCUUCGCCUGCGGCACAGUGAACCACCUGGAGACUUCUCACUAACCCGCCCAUCGCAGCGAUCGCUGGUUUCGCUGGCAACGAGCGACAGAGAUCUCCAGACCCGAACCGUUGCUCUGUGCUCGGCUGCCCAUUAUCACUGCCCUGACGUCCUGCUUGCGCGCUCGCCGCCCGCGAACGCCUGUGUGGCUGCGAAAUCAGAUGGUUUCCUCGUUUCGAGCGGCCUCUGGUUGAAGAGACGCGAGCUUGGCGCUAUCGCGAUCGGCCCCAUGUUGCGUGCUGCAAAUGAGAGCAGAUAG